AAGAGAAGCUCUCCUCCCUUUCUGAAGUCCAAAUCAAGUAGCUGCUCUCAGAUCAGAAACAGGACUUAUCUGUGUCUUUAACAAAUGCCCGUGAUGACUUUUAAACAUCAUAAGUGAUUUAGCAUAGAUAAACACAAGGAAGAAUUUAUUGGAAGUGAAAUUAAAGACAAAAAUUCACCUAGUCUUCUGGCAUUUCUCCUUCAACGCUGUUAUUUGCAUCCCUUCCAAUUCUCCACACCUUGAAAGGAAGUCAAGAUCCUACAAGAGAAUUCUGCUCCCAAAGGCCAUAAUGCCAAUAUUCCAUAAUUCCACUUCUCCUACUUUCUUCUUGACGGGGGUCCCUGGACUUGAAUGGGCCCAUGUCUGGAUCUCCAUCCCCAUCUGUUGCCUCUAUUUAACUGCCCUUUCUGGGAAUACCCUGAUCCUUUUCGUCAUCCUCACUGAGCCAAGCCUCCAUGAGCCCAUGUACUAUUUCCUCUCCAUGCUGUCCACCACUGACAUUGGCUUAUGCAUCUCUACACUGGUGACAGUGCUGGGAAUAUUGUGGGUCAAUGCUCGGGAGAUCAGCUUCAAUGCUUGUUUAUCACAGAUGUUCUUCAUUCACCUCUUCACUUUCAUGGAAUCUUCAGUGCUCCUGGCUAUGGCCUUUGAUCGUUUUGUAGCCAUUUCUAACCCCUUAAGAUAUGUUACCAUUCUAACGCAUGCAAGAAUCGCACAGAUUGGUUUGGCAAUCAUUACCAGGGGGACUGUCAUUUUGACACCUCUAGUCAUACUUCUUAAGCAACUGUCAUUCUGCCGCAGCCACAUGCUCCACCACUCCUACUGUUUCCACCCUGAUGUAAUAAAACUCUCAUGUUCAGACACAAAGAUCAACAGUGCAUUAGGAUUAACUGCAAUCAUCUCUACUGCCGGAGUGGACUCCAUCUUUAUUGUGCUCUCCUAUCUGCUGAUCAUUCGCUCAGUUCUCAGCAUUGCAUCCACACAGGAGAGGAAGAAGGCCUUUAGCACUUGCAUUUCUCAUAUCACCGCUGUUGGCAUAUUCUAUGUCCCUUUGAUCAGCCUGUCCUUUGUUCACAGAUUUGGAAAACAUGCCCCACCCUAUGUGCCCACCCUCAUUGCUAACAUAUACUUGCUCAUCCCCCCUGUGAUGAAUCCCAUCAUCUACAGUGUGAAAACGAAGCAGAUUCAGAAAGCUGUGCUCAAAUUUGUAUGUUCCAAGGGAAUUCAUAUUUAACAUGUACUACUCCUAAAUACUUAUUUCAAAGUCUAGAAAAUUCACCACAAGUUGGAGUUACAAACCCAUGCAUGCAAUUUUAGAGUUGUGUGAAACUGAAUGCCAUCCGAUUCAAAUGUCUCCACAAUGUGAUUAUCAUUGCUAAGCAAUCUCUUUUCUACCAACAAGGUACUGAUUGAGAUUCUCAUUAUCUUAGUUACCUGGUUCCAACAGAUGACUAACUGAACUAAUGUUUCAAUGCUGUUUCUGCUCAAUGAUCGCAUUAUUCACUUUGAAUUAAGAUUCCAAAUUAUCUAAGAAAAAUUUUUAAAUGAACAAAUAAAUGCAUCUUUUAUGUUUAUUUCUCAUGCACCAACUAAAUGAAGCAGCAAAUCCUGUCUAUGGUCAUUUCCUCCACAACUCAGGCUUAGCUUUUCUUUAAAUUUUCAUUCACUUUUUUUCUCUUUUCCCAUACUCUGCAGUGUAAAAAUGCCAGUCUGCUUACGACUUCUUCAAAUGCAUGCAGUUUUUUCAUGGUGGGCUUUACUGUUGACUCCACUUCAACACCUACUUCACUUUGAAAUUCUACUUAUGUUUCAAGAUUCAUCUUUAAAUAUCUUCCUCAUUCAACAUUUUAUGAUUGCUCAAAUGAUAUUUGUUCUCUCCUUAUAAUUUUCCUUUCAUAUUGCUUUGUUCAUAACAGUUUUGCCUUUAUAUGUGUACACACCUGUGUGUAUAUUAUUAUAGCUUUCACAAGACUGUACAUUUCUUAAAUAAAAAGUCUUGAUUUUA